GGAAGAAGAAGAGGAUAAACAUGGCGGGAGUUGCAGAAGACGAACCAACCUCGGCUUUCUCUCACCUCAAUUCCAGGCUGCCAGAAGACACAGUCUUCUAUGCCAUAUUCCCUGAUUUCUCCGUUAAGAAUAAUGCUAAUGACAAGGACAAUGAGCUAUCAAAUUCAUCGCUUCGCUCACUUCAUCUCCAAAUCCUCAACACUGUUUCUCCGUACGUGGGAGACUACAUCUGGCAGCACGAGCCCUUCAACCUCUCCAUCUCCUCGACCUCUACAUCCAAUUGUCUCUGCUCCAAGCAAAUCCCUCACCUCCACGGCAAAACCAGGUAUGGUGAUAACCUCGAAGACGAAUGGUUCGUUGUCUUCCUCCUCUUCGAGAUUACCCGCAGAAUCCCCUCCGUUUCAGUUCGGGUUUGGGAUACCGACGGGGAGUUUCUCCUCAUCGAAGCGGCUUUCUCUCUCCCUCGCUGGAUUAAGCCGGAUAGCAGUUUGAAUAGAGUUUUCAUAAGGCAGGGCGAGCUUCACAUUAUUCCCAGAGAACGGUUCCCUUCGAAUCCAAGCUUGUCCGAAUCGUUGUGUUUUCUGUCCACUGUUAGUGAGGAAGCUCGGGGAUCGGAUUCUGUGCAGAUGGCUCUGAAGAACCGAAUUUCUGGGUAUCCGGAGAGAGCUCGGUCGAACAUGCAUCGGGUUAGGGUUAGGGUUCCAGUUUCUGUGGCGCAGGUCUUGAAGCGUGAGCCUUGCUUAAUCUCACUAGCGGUUGAGGGUUUCUACGACCGUGACAUUGAUUCCAUGAAGAACGCUGCUCGGAUGGAGAAGUUUCUGAGUGAGGGUACUGGAGAAGAGCUUGUCCAGGUGUCGGUUUGGAUGUCGAGGGCGAUGUAUGCACAGCUCUUGCAGCAGACCUUCCAAGCGCCCAAGUGUUACCCCAUGCCUUCCAGAACUAGUACUUCCGCUUAUAUGGAAGCGGAGCUGGGGAUGAAGAUCACUUGUGGGUUCGAGAUGAUGUAUCAACAGAGACGUUGUCAAGGGUCAGAACUGACGGGGAGCACCUGGGAUGCGUUCAGGGAGAGCUUAGAGUGUAGUGGGUAUUUCAGAGCGCUGCUCCCUGGAUCGAAAGAGUAUCGUCAACUCUUGGAAAAUGCUCAAGAUUAUUAUCGAAAUAGUUCCUUGUUCUCUAGGACCAGUGAAAUGAUGAAUGCCCCUGUGAGACGAAUUGAUGAACUUCUUGCAUUACCACAUUUUGCCAAUGACUUUAGGGGUGUGGAUCUUCCUCCUUCAGAUGAUGAUUCCUGGCUCUACAGUGGUGAGGAAGAGUUGAAUGCUGCCCUUAUAGAAAGGCACAAAGAAAUGGAACUUUAUGAAUCAAAAAAUAAAAAGAAAAAUAAAUCAAAGGAGCAGGAGGAAGUUGGUCAGUCUCAAUUAGAUGAUUCUGGUAUUGGUGAAAUAGCCAAAACAAUGGAAGAAUUUGUCCAUAAAGUCUCAAGCUAUGAGGGUGCAGAGGUUCCGGACAACAGAGACUCGAAAGCAGUGGAUCUUGAUGUGGACCGCUUUAUUAGAGACAUGGAAUUGGCAUUUGGACUUGAAGGUCCGGACUGCAUGGCUAAUGAUUCUGGUAGUGAAGAAGGAUCAUCUUUUGAUAUGGAUUAUGAUGAGUCUGAGGAUGAGUCUCAGCCUAUGCAUCCUUCGGAGCACAGUAAGGACAAAGAACAUAACUUCAUGGAUUCCUAUUCUGAUGCUCUGAAUGAGGAACUGAAGGCCACCACUCUCAAAAAUAGUUUCAUUCGUGCUAGUGAUCAAUCCUCCAAAAAUGAUGAGGGACCAUCAAAUUCCAUGAAGGAGAUGGAUGAGGACUUCACCCCAAUUGAUGUGGAUGUGAAUCUGGUGAAGAGCUUUCUAGAUUCUUUUGCUUCUCAACAAGGCCUACCUGGUCCUGCUUCCAAUUUGCUUGGACUGAUGGGUCUACAGCUUCCACAAGAUGAAACGAAAAAAAAAAUAAGCCUCUAGCCCCAUGAGAAACAGGUCAUGUUACAUUGUGCCUGAUAUCAUUUUGGUUCCGUGCUUCAUACGAGUUAAUCUCAUAAUCCAUCUUCAUUUCAGCUCCCUCCAGAUGCAAUUACUGAAAAGUAGACCCUCUCAGGGAAAAAAUGACAAGGAUCCUGUAUAAUGGCAAUCCUGAUGUCAUUCUGGCUCCAUGCUUCAUACGAGAUAAUCAUAUAAACCAACUUUCUGUGAUGGAUAUCUUGUAGAAAUUGGGCUGUGUUAAGCUUGAUUUGUAUUAUGUAAAUAUUCUGAAGUUGGUAUGGUCUUCCAAUUUUUGUUUGCAAAGAUGGAAUA